AUGAAUUCCCACGAGAUUGAGAGGCGCGGCGACGAAAUAAAGCGUCAAGCCGAGUGCCUUGAAACGGGAAGACGUGGUGAUAACAGAAUUGUUAUUAAGCUUGGUCAAUUAAGCUCUUUCUUCAGUAGAAUUGCGACAAAUAAAACACCAACACCGCAAGGUAAAGAAAUUUUAGCAUUUCGAGGAGUAGAUCCUAUUAAAGCAGAUGAAGUGUUAGAAAAAAUCAAGAAUGUUAAAAAGACACAAAAAAUUGAUAAACAAGAAACUGGAUCGGCAACAAUCAAUUUUACUACCCCAGUUAUCGAAGCAGAUCAAUUUAACCAAAUUGCAAUGGUUGGGGAUAAUCUACGUCAAAAAGCUCAAAAAUCAAUCGAAAAAAUUAAUUAUCAAAACAUCGAACGUGGACAAAUUGGUCGUGUUCAACAUCUUGAUGUUGAUGCUGCAUUAAAACUUUCAGCAAAUUCAGAAAAAGCAGAGAAAUUAGCAAUUGAUAUUAAAAAAGCGUUAUUAUCAGAACAAAAGUUAGAUUUAGCUAAAGUACUACAAAAAACAUACGAUCCAGAAACCAACAGCGUCUUCUCAAGCUAUUUCCGCCUAUUGAAAGAAGAUUCUGAUCAAAUUGGUUUUCUGAAGAACCAGUAUCGAAUUGCAAACUUUGGCAAGCUAGAAAAAGAUAUAAGUCUUCAUGAUGUUGAAGAAAUAUCUCAAAAGAAGCUUCCAAAGAUCGACAAUUCCAUUGAUCCUUAUUGGAAAGUAAUUUGGGUCGCAUUUAGAGCCGGCCUCGAUCGUAUAUUAAGAGAAAUCAAGAGAGACAACGAUAAGAAACAAUUCCAUCCUAUAAUCGAUUUAAUUUUACAAGAAAAUCAACAAGAUAAUUCAAAUGAAAACGGAUCUAUGGGAUCUUUCGAUGUAAUGACACAAGAUAAUCGCAAUCCUAUAUCAGCAACCAUUGAAGAUAUCUGUUCUGCUCAGCAACCUUUAGAAGAUGCUUCUCUCCUUGAAACUACCGAAGAUUUUCUGUUCGACCAAUUAUAUCCAAUUAAGAGAUCGAGCACGCCAAUCAUUACUAAGAAUGUCCAGCAGAUUAUUUGGGAUGAAACGGCCCAAAUUGUUCGACAUAACAAAGAUUUUGAAUUUACUCGUCCUCUUUUCCUUAUUUUAACAGACCAGUAUGAUGAAGCUGCCAAGUGUCUCUUGGAAUGCAACCAGCAUCUCGUAGAAACUGCUCACAUUUGCUUAUUAUUGUAUCCAAAAUUAAGAACACUUAAAUACCUCGUUGGCGAGUUCAUUGAGAAGUAUGUUACAAUUCUUGGCGAGGAAUAUUCCGAUGUUGCCGCAUUUUACCUUGCAUAUCUCACUUUACAAAAGGAUUCCGACCCAACACCGGUCAAUAGAGUUCACCGCUACUUAGUUAAUCAUCCGAUGUUAACUAUACCUCAUGAAUUUGUCAAGAAUUUCAAGAAUUGUAUUCCGGAUUAUAAUACUUUCGUAGAUGACUCGAAAGAUAAGGAAGCUUUGGCCAACGCCAUCAUUGUGCUAUCUGUUCUAGAGAGAUAUGACCGAUUCGACUACAUUGAUCAUGAUAAAAACAAAAUUAACGCUCAAAAUGGCGAAGAUGGUAAGAAUAAUGAUGGUAGUGAACAAGAUAAGAUCAAUCUUAAGGAUUGCCUCAAAAUUAUUCCAGAAGAUAAAUUAUUAAUUCUCACAGAAACGUUAUCUCGUGAUGUAGUGAAGAACCAUUACGAGAUGUGUCCUUAUCUUGCUGGUUUGGCCCAAAAAACAGCCACACUUUGCUUAUCCAGGGCAAAUACACUUCCUGAUACCGAAAAGUAUAGAUUAUUCGAUGUUUCAACGAAGAUAUUCGAAGAAGAUGAUGUUGAGAAACCUCUUGUUUAUAGCUAUUUCGAUUUAUACCUUGGAUUCCUUGAAAAUGACCAAGAAAGAAUCGAAAAAGUCAUUGAACAAGAAGAAAUCUUCCCAAGGACUAAAGAUGAUAUCAAGCCAACAUUAGAAAACAUUAAGGCAUCUAAGGUGGACCCUUACGGAACAAUGAUUGGAGAAACAACUGCGAAAACAAUAAUUUAUCUUAUCAAAUCUAAUGAAGAUCCUGAUUUAUUGAAUGUUCUGUUUUAUUAUAUUAAUUUCUUAAGAGUUUCGAAUGAAACUCACCAGCAUAUCAUGGCUUUAAAGCUAGAGCGUAAAUAA